AUGAUAGCGAGCAGGUGAUUUAGGUAGUUUAUCUUGAAUGCUCUGAGCUUUAAUGAGUACAUACGAGCGACGCGGAGAGUCAAUAGCUGGGAGUUGUAUUAUUGCAACUAGUGAUUUAGGUACAAAGUCCUCAAAAACGCCCCGUCUAAUUGAGCAGAACGUAUGCAGGCAAGGAUUUUUUACGCUUGAUGUAAAUGUACAGGUGAUGCUUAACCUUGAGUUCCUUCUGAAAUGUAGCUUACUAAAACACUAUGGCGAGUCUAACCGAUGUGUUCACUGAGCCGGAAAGGACGAACUGGCUGAAGGCAUUGCUGGCAAUAGAUAUCGCAAAAUCUGGCCUAGAGCAGUUCGUGGAGAACGAGGCUAAAAUUCUACACGACAAUAUAUACAACGCUGUAUGGGCAUGUGUUCCAGCGCCAGUCUCGUGUAUUGGCUGUCACACCGCUAACUUGCUGAAAUGCCCUUCAUCAGACAUAUGUAAUAAACGAGGAGCAAAGAGCCUAUGCACAUCUAUGCAUGACACCGCAUUAAAACAACCACGACCAUGCACUGCUAACGUUUGUAAUAAAGUCCAUGACGAAAUUAUAAAGGAACAUAGAUUCUCCCGUCCUUCAUGGAAAAAUACAAGGGCAGAGCGAUGGGCACCGAAUCCCUGGGAAAUUGCCAAGGCGUACUUACCUCCAGACGGAUAUACUGAAAAAUAUUCGGCUCAAGAUACAGAUUUCAACGGAAUCAUCAGUUUUAUGAUAAACUGCAAACACUUCGAUAGCAGGUUUUCGUUCCCCAUAGAUUCAGGAAAAAUAAAUCCACCAUGCUUUUUAACAAAGGCGCGAGAACAUGGCAGAAAGGUUCGCCAUUUGUCUACGUGCAAAGUAACAGAACAGGAUCUCCAGGACAUUUUCUAUGUAUUGACUAGCCUGCUGACUGACCCAAAAUGUGUAGCACACGACGUCACUGCGCAGGAGGCUGUGAGAAAAUUAGCAAAGCUACAAACCGACGUUUUGAGGGUAACAACGAAGGACAUUGUUCAUUUGUUAGAGGCUGCACAAGAUAAACUUGGGAAAGUUGAACACCUAACUGAGACGGCUAUUGCUGAGAUUCAGACUUACAUAGAAAACUUCAGAAAGGACCUCGAUUCAGACAAGUGCAAUUGUAAACUGAAUCUUGAUGAUCACACGGGCAAUUGUAAACAGGAACUUGAUGAACAUUGUCGAAAAUCUACAGAAUGUACCUACGAGCAAUCUUGUAAUGAUUUUCGUCGACGUUUGAUGGCACACUACAAUGACACUUUAAGCCACGUGCCUCUGUCAAACUUGGAUCAAAGUUAUGACAAGCGUAUAUCAGAUAUAUAUGCAACGCCAAAAGUACACCGAAUUGAAAUCGCAAGAGAUGGGAAACGCGUAAAAAAGGAGCAAGUACUGACAUACAAACAAAUAUUUUACACAGGUGAUAAUUCAAAUCGGCGUUUAUACCUACAGGGUGAACCUGGCAGCGGAAAGUCUACGUUUUCAGCUAAGUUGGUGCAUGACUGGUCCCAUGGAAAUUUAGUUUUAUCGCAAUCUCCCAGUGAAACUACAGCAUUCGAGGACGUGUUAACCAUUCACAAAUUCAAGUUUCUAUUUUUUAUCACAUUGAGAGAUUCGAGAGAUCAAACAGAUGUAUCGCAGAUGAUAAAGCGGCAGCUUAUUGAUAAAACGUUUUCCGAAGACGAACGCGCCAAUGUGUACAAACUUCUCGUUCAAAUAAUGAACAGUGAAAUCUGUCUCGUAAUACGGGAGGGUCUUGAUGAAUGGGUGUCUCCUGAUGGCUGUAACCUAGCUGAACCUUCCGUGGCUGGGUUUCAGAACGACACAUGCACUGUACUUACAACAUCUCGACCAUGGAAACUGGCUGAUGAACGUAUCAAGAAUUCGCAAAUCGAUUGUCUGUUAGAGAUCGAGGGAAUUAGCAAUGCGGAUAAUUUUUGUAAGAAAAUAAUCGGGUGCAUAAUUAACGAGUCUAAGGAUCUGGUCAAAACUGUGAAUACAUUUCAAAAAUUCGUUAACAAGCGUAAGCUCGAAUCUUUAUCAUCAUCACCGAUGUUGUACACACUGGUCAUCUGUACUUGGGUGAACACGAUUGAGGAGAAGAAACACCUGAAAGGAUCAUCAUUGUGUAAACUGUACACUACUCUUCUUGAAAGUCUAUGUAAAAAGGUUAACUGUGCGACAGGUUAUUUUAACGAUUCAAACCCACCACCAGUGCGCUGUUUUUCAAGCACAAUUUACCUACAGCCAUACAUUGAACGCUUAGCUAAGCUAGCUGACGUAGCAUUUAAAUUGCUCUUCUCUUCUGAGAGAGAAUCAUCUAUUGUUUUCAAUGACGUAACAUUAUCCAACUAUGUAUCUCAGGAAGAGCUCCCGGUGCUCAAGACGUUUGCUCUCAAAGCUGGGAUAUUAACAAACAGGAAAGAAAAAUGCCGAAAUGCAAGCUCAUACUCGUUCGUUCACAAAACUGUGCAGGAAUACCUCGCAGCAUAUCAUAUCGCAUGUAAUCCAUACGUUAUUGAUGACGUCAUUACCGGGUAUCUUGAACGCAACAGUACAUCAUAUCUCGAAAUAUCGCAAACUUUCAUAUUUUUGUGUGGCAUGAACAUCUGUGCCGCGAAUAAACUGUCAGCUUUGAUGGAUGAAUAUGACGUUGCUUAUUGUGCUGUGCUCGGGAGGAUGCCAUGUAAGUAUCAGCAUAUCAUUGAGUCUGGAAUGAGGGAGGCAGCAGCCAACAAUCAGGAUGGAAAACAGCUGAAACUCAGUCACGAUAUUUAUUUAGACCCAAUAUCUUUAGAUUGCAUGUUUUACAUGUUACGCCAUGCCUCCCUUGGCUGGAUCAAACUCUUCUUUGCCAAAGCAUAAUGCUUGUUUUUAAAUGCGCAUCAUAUUAGACUACCAAAACUGACACAACCAUAUCGUGUCGGAUAACAUGUUCUUCAUUUGAAAUAAUAUAUCCUUAAUACUAGUUUUUUAGACACGGUAAAUGGUGGAGUUGAUAAAUGGUAGAUCCUUUUGUAUUAUGGAGGAAUAAUUUCCAAGAAGAACGAUAGUUUUUCUGCCAAAAUAUGAAAACAUUCCUCCGGAAAACAACACAAACUGGAUGAUCAAUACCUAUUUCAUCAAAAUAAACAUGUUGAAAUACAGUGUUUGCUAUUCCAGCAUGUACAAUAGUUACUGUGCUUCAAGUACUGAAAUCUUGAUAGUUCUCCAUGAAAUUUGAACGAAGAAAGGUAUGCACGAUUGUGUAGACACUUCGAUUCCCGAUAAAGGGCACGUCGGAUAACGGAAACUCAACAAAUUGGGCAAAUUCAAAAAUGGUCGCUGUCCGUUUACAAUAGAAAUGUUGUUCUUGUGUAACUUUAUUGAACGAUUGAGAACAACUAGUCUUAUUUAUACACAAUAAGCAUGCAAUUUUCUCAGAACUUAUGUUUCUAUAUUAUCAUACAUUAAUCAGGAUAUUUUAGACAUUAAUUUAGACAUUGUUCCGAUAAAAUACGUGACUGCCUUGAGUUGAUGCAGUUUGUCUGGUAUGACAUGAUGGUAUGUGUACCAGACUUUCAUUCCAUGAUUUGAAAAUGGACGUUCAAGUAUGUCACUGUUUUAAUCACAGCUGUGUCGUAAGGGGUAAAAAAGAGCUUUGGCUGCAAUACAAUUAAUUGCACAGGCAUCACAAAAGCAAAUCAAAUCAAUACAUUUUCUUUGAGGCUCAUGUGAACGAACCAGGGCUCUUGGUCCUCUUUUUACUAUGCCCCUCUUUGAAGAAGAAUGGAUAUUUUGUUUAGCUGGAUGUAUGUCGGUCUGUCUGUUUGUUGGUAGAACACUUCGUUUCCUAUCAAUAACUCGUAAACAAAUUGACCAAUUGGCUUAAUACUUUACAUGUGCAUUGGCCUUGGGCAUUAGAUGACCACUAUUGAAUUUGGGGUCAAUAGAUCAAAGGUCAAGGUUACUAUCACACUAAGUUUGAAAAUCGUUUCCGAUCAAUAACUCGUCAACCAAUUGACCGAUUGACUUUAUACUUCACAUGUGCAUUAGCCUUGGCCAGUAGAUGACCCCUAUUAAAAUGUGGGUCACUAUGUUAAAGGUCAAGGUCACUAUCACACUUAGUGUGAAAAUCGUUUCCGAUCAAUAAAUCUUAAAUGCAUUGACCGAUCGGCAUGAUACUUCACAAGUUCACCGGUCGUGGUCAGUAGAUGUACCCUAUUGAAAUUGGAGUCACUAGUUCGAAGGUGAAUGUCAGUUUAAAAAAUUUCCAAUUCUGUGAAACAUAAAUAUCGACAUUUGCUUGACAAAUUAAUUGUUGUAUUAGGGUGAAAUACAGACGAAGAGAUUAAGCAUUAAGGUAUUAAGAUUGUGUUUGAAGUUGCCUACGUUCUAUUUAUAUGAAUUAACAGCAAGCCUUAAGUGUUCUUAUGAUCUAUAUUUAGAAUAAUGAAAAUCUGACUGUAAAUAGAUGCUGGGAUCCCUAUAAAUGCAUAUGCUUUAAGUGGUAAUUUGUGUUGUAGGUUGCUUGCAUAAGUGACAGUUUCACGUUUCGGUAAAUUGACAAAAUUGAAACAAUUGCUUCAGAUUUUUAAAUUUUCUUUGUAAUUAUGAUAUUUGUGAGGAAACAAGAAUACUGAAAAUUU